CACCAAUGGAGGUCCCAUCCCAACUUUUUUUUUCUCAUCUCCUCUCACGCACCUCGAUUACAUACCUUCAUCUCGAGUCCCUCUCCUUCUCCUCCUCCUCCCUCCCUUCCUCCGUGUCGCCUGCUGCCAUCUCGAGCGGUACAGGCUCUGUUGGCCUUUUGUUUUCGACUUCUGCGCAUCAUACGACCAUCUCGGUCUGUCAGCGGACUUCCCCCCCUCUAACUGUAAGUUCUCGGUCGACACCUUAUUCUUCGUUCCUCAUUUCCCCGUGGUGCCUCGGGCAAUUCGACCGAUUCCACCGUCUCCAUCAUUGGCUCGAAUCCAGCCGAUCCCUCGAAAAAUAUCACUUCUCUCCCCACCUAACCUUCGCACCAAAAUCAUCCAGACAAUACACCACAUGUUCCACCCCCUCUCCCAUUCCACUUGCAUAUCUCCUUCUACUCGUACCAAACAUCUGGCCAGUCGCGUACCAUAUCAUUUGUCUUGACCGUCGAAGGUGCAAUAAGACUUAUUGGUUCUCGAAUAGUUUGCUUCUGUCAAUAUUCGUUACGCCAAUUGCGCCUUUCCGACCGGAACUUUAUACCACGAGUUGCCCCAUUACCCGCGGCCAACAAGUCCAUAAAUUUACCUCCUACAAACCAUGUCGUUCUACGAGCCACAAGGAUGGCAGGCGCCUGUACGGCAAGCAUCUUGGGAACAGCCUCCACCACCAUCAAGAUCGGAAGCUGCAAGCUCUGCAUCUCAGCACGAGGAUAGCAAUGCCUUUGCCACCCAAUUUGAAGAGGUGGACCGAGCUAUGGAUAACCUCGUCAAGAGUGGUAAAUUUUACGCUGGCAUGUCUCGGCCAAACCCGGCCGGACCCAACGUACGCCAUGGUGGAGGUCACCGCGGCCACGGUGGUCGCCAUUCCAUGGGCGACUUCGACCCUUCUCGUCCUCACCCAGGCUCCAACCUGCAGAGUUUUUACGCAUCCCAAAGACAUCAAGGUCGCCAUAACGAUGGUGAUCAAAUGAUGCAGGCAAAAAGACGGAUGGCCGCACAAAGAGAAAGAGAACUUCGCAAUUACCACCAAGAGCAACAAUUCAAUAGAAGCUUGUUGGCAGAGAUGUCAUCCAAUAAAUCUGAUCGCUCGAUGAGUCCGAGUACCCUGAGUGAGGAAGGCCGACGCGAAUUAAUUGCCCGCCAACAUCGUGCACUUUACGGUGGCGAAAGCUCAGCUUUCAUGGGACAGGUUCCAUUUGGUGAGAAUCAGGCCGGUCCCGGCUCGGAUACCGCACCUGGAGCUGUGCGUGGACAGUCACCACGAGGAAACGACCCUUUCGGUAUGGGAGGGCAAGGUCCUCAAGGCGAAGGCGUUUCUCAAUCUACUGAUAUCUCGCGAGGUGAUAAAGCUAGCUCCCCAGUCGGGCAGCCAUCAGUUGGUUUUGGAGGACUGGAUGCGGCAGUUUCAUCAUCAGGCAAAGUAUCCACGCCGCCUUCAGGAGAAGAAAGCUCUCACUCACGGACCAUCUCAAAAUCCACCACAGCACCCGUAACAGGAGGAGGAAUGGGCCCUAUCGGGAGCCGACCAGGUGGUCAACAAGCACCGAGCCAAUCUCUCAACAAGCGCACGACCUCCCCUCUGCCCUCCUCUCUUGGCUACGGGUUUGUGACCAAUGAACAGAACGCGGAUCGAUCUGGAUCAGCCAACUCAAACGUCAACAAUCAGAAAGAAUCUGGAAACUCGGGCAUGGGGGCUUGGGGCACAGGAAGUGGUGUUUGGGGUUCCAAUAAGAUCGGAACAACAUCUGUGUGGGGUUAAACGACUUUUAUGACGACACGACCAAGAAGAUGAUACGAUCUGUAUAUAGGGAGCUGUGUUGACAGCAUUCAGCAUAUCCUCGGUGUACAGGGCACAAUUGUGGGGAUGGAGUGAAUCGUGUGUGCGUGUGUGUUUUGUUAUGCAUGUCGGUGUCUUCAGGAUGCUUUCUGCAUAGCGCGUAUCGUGUGUGUGGAUGGGAAAAGAAAUACCUCAUGUUCAGUGCGCUUCGGAGCCCACAAGUUGUGGAUAUACAACUCAUUUAUUUUUGCAACCGCAAUCGACGACGAUUUGAACGAACACUAUCCGACAGUCUGGGAAUACAUUUGUGCGGGUACAAAAGGGGUAAGAGUGGGACAAUUUUGUCAAAGUCACAUGGGGGUUUCGGUUUGUUUUUGCUGUUAUUCUCGGGGUUGGGAGAAAAGAGAGUGGUAGUUGGCACAGCAUGGCAUAUUGUUUUUUGGGCUGGCAAAUGGCAAAUGAGAAGGCAACGGUCUGAUCAAAAAAGUACGGAGUGCGAUGGACUUCCUGACUAGGGAAGGGCUUUUGUGGAUGGUUUGUUGCUUCAGCGGGCAUGGCUAUGGGCUGAAACUUUGGCUGCUAUGACAUGGACUCUGCAAAGCAUGGCGUUGUCGGGCUUCGACGUUCGUUUUUGACUGUUGGGAUGUUGAUAUGGGUGGAAAGUAAGGAUAUUGGGACUUGUUUUGCUUUUUAUGGGUCGAGGUCAUGCGCGUAAUUUCCCCUUGAAUUUUUAUACACACACAUUGCUCGGAGGGGGUUUUGGGUCGUUUGGAAUUCAGGAAUGGGGAUCGAUUAGGCACUCGAGGUAUAUCUGAAAUGGCAGAACGAGGAUGAGAAAGAGAGGUCAAAAUUCAAUCAUGUAUCUCUCCAGGAGUCGACAGAACACAGUACGGCUGGGCCAGCAGGUACGAGUACGAGGCAAUUUCAGUUACAAUUGGUUGCAAUCACACAGAUGCCAGCGUAAGUUAUUGGAGUCGGCGGGGAAAGUAUUCGUAUACAAAUGUUCUUUUCCUCUUUGCCGUCUCAAAAAGACACACCUGGGUACGUGCCUACCUACUGGAGGUAUACAAGUCGAAAUGCCGGGGAUGGGUCAGUCAAUCAAAAACCCUCGAAACCUUGACAAUCUUUCUCUUUCUUUGUUGUGUUCCAUCGUGCCUCUAGACCAUGCCUGUGAUACCCUGGGUUUCUUCAAUCAAGCCCAAGGCACACCCCUCCCCUGCGCGUGGCUCAUCCUCCCCAACUCG